CUUACUUAUGUGGACAGACUGCCAGGGAAAUCUUUGUUUGGCGCAGUGAGGAUUUCACACACAAGUCACUUGCAUUUCCCAUGCUGAAGAAAGUUCUAAAGCACCGAGUCAGCUGCCGGGAAGUUAGUGUCUGAAACGCUUUGGGCCUGACUCUUUUCUCACCCCCCACUGGUUUGACACUAACGUAGCCCAUUGACUUCAGUGGAAUUAUUCCUGAUUACCAGCAGCAUGAGAGGAGAAUGUGUCUUCAGCUUUGUUAUUUUGAGGAAAUAAAACUCUGCGGUUGCUGAGCUGGCGAAUUUCAUUUUCAUUUGGAGUUCUUUCCAGUGCUGAAAGCACGCAUCUCGUGACCUGUAUGGCAACUGACCUUCAUUGGGUGCAAUGACGGAAACGUGCCAAGACAUCCUGCUGACGAUCUUGGAGGAGCUGGUAGAGGGACAGAGAAAGAAGUUUAAAUUGAAACUCAGUGACAUUCAACUGAGGAAGGGCUAUGCAAACAUUCCCACGGGACAUCUGGAGAAAGCUGAUGUAACGGACAUGGUUGAUCUGCUGAUUAGAUACUACCAACAGGAGUAUGCUAUGGAGGUGGUGAUAAACGUGCUGGAUCAAAUCAAUGAUAAGGAUCUGGCUGAAAGGUUGAGAAGAAAGUCAGCUGAAGUAUGGAAAACCAGACCUGUUUCUGUAAAGCCCCCUGACAUCGACCACAGAGCGAACUAUGUGGCCUCCGUGAAGGAAAAAUUUAGAAGAGUGAAGGAUUAUAAUUCCAGGCCAGGAGAAUGGGUGUCUUUGGAAGACCGCUACACAAAGCUCUUUAUAGUAAAAAAACACCAUCAAACAGAAGAUAAAGAACAUGAGCUACUCUCUAGAGGAAAAAGACACAUGGAUAUCAUGAGGAAGCCGAGCAGCUUUGUGAACUCCCAUGUUAAUGUGGAACAUCUUUUUGACACAUUAUCAGAUGGCACAAUAACCAGAAAAGUGAUCUUACAAGGAAUAGCAGGGAUUGGAAAGACCGCUACAGUUGGCAAAAUUAUGUAUGAUUGGUCAUCUGGGAGGCUUUACCAGGGCAGAUUUGAUUAUGUUUUUCAUUGGAGCUGCAGGGAGCUAAACCAAAGAACAGAAAAACUGAGCCUAGCUCAAUUAAUUUUACAAAACUGGGGACAUCCAAAGCCAGAGAUAGGAGAAAUUUUGUCUUGCCCAGAAAAAGUCUUGUUCAUCAUCGACGGCUUUGAUGAACUCAGGUUUCCUGAGGAUUAUGAUAAAAGUAAAAGCUUAUCCUGUGAUUUGGACACGCCUCACUCAACAGCAGCAGCUGUGGUGGAAAGUCUCCUCAGCAGCCAGAGCCUUUCAGAAGCAUGCCUUCUUGUCACAACGAGACCCUUAGCCAUAGGAAUGCUGGAGACCCAUAUGGAAGCCGACCUCUGGGCAGAGAUUGUGGGCUUCUUGGAGGAAGACAGAAAGGAGUUUUUCAAGAAGUUCUUCAAAGAUGAAGAGAAAGCAGCUUUUGCCUACAGUUAUAUUCAAGAAAAUGAUGUAGUGUUCACCAUGUGUUUCGUCCCCCUCAUCUGCUGGAUUGUCUGUACAACCCUGAGCCUUCAAUUGAGGUAUAGCAAAGAGCUCAAUCCGAAGGUGAGCACAACCACCGAAAUAUUUACCUAUUUUGUGGCCACUUUAUUGCAGUCCCAUGGUCGUGCACAGACAUCCACACAAGACCUUUUUCACAACCUUGGAUCAUUGGCCUAUGGUGGUGUGAGGGACCAGAAAGUGCUGUUUGAUGAGAGUAUGCUGAGAAAGUGUAACUUGGAGGUGUCAAAAGGCCCAUCAACUUUCCUCACGGAAUUGCUGCAGGCAGAUAUUUUUGUGGAAACUAUCUAUAGCUUUGUGCAUUUGACUGUGCAGGAACUGUUUGCUGCCUUGUUCACCUUCUGGAACAAGGAGAAAGCUUCUGAGCUCUUGAAAGAAGCCUUUGUGGAGAAUAAAAGCCAUUUGAUCUUAACUGUUCGCUUUCUGUUUGGUUUGAACAAUGACAAGUCACUAAAGCCUUUGAAAAGGUACUAUGAAACCAGCAUGGGCAUCUCAACGGAUGAGCUGCUGAAAUGGACUAAGAAGGCAUUGCUUAUUUGCCAGGAACAGGGCGAGGAGAGCCGUCUCCUCCUGGAGCUGUUGCAUUGUUUGUUUGAGAUUCAGGAUGAGGAGUUUGUUAGAAGUGCUUUGGAGGAGAUGAAGGAAGUGGUCUUCCUGGAGAACAGUCUAGGGCAGGAUGACCAACAGGUGAUCCUGUACAGUCUGCAGCAUGCCAAGGAAUUGAGUCAGCUGAAAUUGGGCAGUCUGAAAGAGAGGGACAUGAUCAAACUGGUUCCGUUGCUAGGGAAAUGCAAACAGAUCCAUUUUAACGCCUCUGGAAUCUCAUUGUCUACGGUACUCAAGGUGUGUGCUCACCUUUUACAAAAGCUUAGAAUGACCAGACUGCACGUGGACCACGAAGCAGAAGACGAAAUGUAUUUUACAGUGGAAGCGAGCUGUGAAAGGGGCCCUUGCACAAUAACUUUAGAUAACUUUCCUGAAGACACUGCCAUUGCGAUUUGUGACCACGUUAUUCCAGCUCACCCUGGCAUUGUCACCCUUGAUGUGAACGGGAUUCGGGGAAGCAAGGAAUUUGUAAAUAGCCUGAAGAACAGUCUUCUGGACUCGGACUGCAGACUGGAAUCAGUGGGCUUCAACAUUGAGAACCCCAGACUCCAGGCUUUCCAGGACAUCUGCCAACAUCUUGCUACUUGCCGUAGCCCGAGAAAAUUCCUCUUAUUCCGAAGGUAUGAGGAGGAUGCAAUACAUUUUGGAUAUGAGGCAAAGGAUGAGGAGAAGAGUGGCAAAAGACUCCAAAAGAAAAAGAAGAAUCAAAAGAGAAAGGGAAAGAAUGAGGCACAGAAAAAGUGUUUUCCCUGGCCAUGUUUAAUAAGGAAAACGAGUGAGAAAAAGGAAAAGAAAAAAGACUGCAUUGCUGUCCUCUCCUGUCUCCCUGAAGAGUAUUUUCUUGAGCUCACCAAGUGGGUCACCUCCACGUUCACUCCGCUAACCCUGUGCCUGGAUGAAAAUUCCAUCAAUGAUGAGCAGAUGAAAACAAUAUGCGAAAAUCUGAACAGUACUGAUUAUCAGCUUCAGUCGCUGAGCCUUCGCUCUUGCAGCAUAACCCACAAGAGCAUGGCUAAUAUCUGCUCGCUAUUCCUCUGCAACACGGCAGUCUCCUUGGACCUGCAUAGCAACCCCGUGGGGGAUGAAGGAGUUAAAAUACUUGCGGCGUGCCUGAGGAGUAAAAGUUGCUGCCUAGAAAAACUGAGCUUAUCAAGUGCUGAUCUCACAGAAGACUGUGUCCCUGCCAUCACCUCUCUGUUUUCCCAGAAGAACACCCUGAUUUGGCUUGACCUGAGCUUUAAUAACCUCGGAGAUGGUGGAGUGAAAGCCUUGUGCUCUGCCCUGAAAGAUAAGGAGAGCCAUCUUGAGAAGCUAAUCCUUGAAGACAAUGGCAUCACUAACAACUGUGAGCAGGAACUCAUCCAACUCAUUGAAAACACCCUGUCUCUGAAAUACCUGUGCUUGGAUGAUAAUAAGUUUACAUCCACCUCCAGAACCCGCAUCUAUGAUGUAUGGGACAAGUAUCAUGAUGAUGAGGAGGAGGUGGAGGAAGACUGACUGUGAAUCACAGGCACUGCACUCAAUUCUCCCUUCUUGGCUGUGAAGGUAGGUGCAGAUCUCGAGAACUUCAGUAUAUUACACAAACAUGGUGCUAAGGAAAGGUACCAGAAUGAAACCACUGGGAUUUUUACAGUAAAUUCUUUACACACUGAACAAAGUGCAACACGGGAUGCAGCAGUGCAAUCAUUUCCUAUACUGCUCUUCCUAUGAGCCUCAACCCUGGCAUGGAUGGAGCAUCUCUAAGGAUGAGAUGGUUACAGUCUCCAUGCUCACCCAGGCCUUGGCUUUUCUGAUGUGACUGGCAUAAAGGGUGCCAAGCAGAGGUGAUGGAAGAGAGAACAAAGGGGGCAAGAGGAAACCCACCUAUACAGACCCAGAAGUUGAAAUCUGAGUUUCAGAAAUGACUUUAUCAAGUGACCGGACAUUUAUAGAUGGCAACUUUGCAAACUACAGUCACCUCAGAGCUGCAAGCUGGUGGUUAUUCAGUACACUAAAAGAGACUAGGGCAAAUAACUCUUGCUUGUGAGUAAAUGUUUACUGGUUCUUGUCUAUUACUGAGCAAUAUAGUGUAGUACAAAUAGUUCCAAAAUUAAAGGAUAAUGCAAGACAUCACCUGUUUCGUGUCCAGUUUCCAGAUUGUGAGCUGGGAUGUGAGUUGCAGCUUUGUUCCUUAGAAGCCCAUGGAGAUUUCCUGCAGUUAGUUAAUUCUGCCACUCUCAGGGUUAAUUCAUGCAAACCCCUGGUCUGUACUUUUGGCUGUUCCCCCAUGUCUCCAUGAGGGCACUGAGCCAGGAACAUGCAGUCAGGCCCUUUACAUAUCCAUGCUGCCAUAGGGAUCAGGGUCUCACUUUCCAAGGCUGCCCAGAAACCAAUGGGAUUUCUCUGCAUAUCACAUCCAUAUGAUAAAGACGGCCACUCUGAAGGUGCUUCACCUUGAACUCAUGAUGCAGAAUAAACUCUGUGACCAGCAUGGUUGCGGGUCUUUCUCACUAUGUGUGGCCUGGUAGUUCUGUUUUCUCAGUACGGCCUGGCCUAGGCCAGGAUUUUUUUUGUCAGUUAUGCAAGUUAGAAAAAAAUGCCUUGAAAAUUGGUAUAUCUAAGGUCAUUUUUAGAUUCCCUGGGAAUCUAUACUGUGUGAGCAUUUCAUGUACUAUGUGCUGGAUAAUAACAGGAGGAUUCUGUUCUUAUUAAACGAACCUGCCUCUUCAUUAAAGCAACUGUUUAUAGAACUACUCCAACCAUACCUUAAUGUUCCUAGCCAUGUGCACACAGAUUGACUUCCCAGUUUCUCCUCCAAACUCUUGUCGCCUGCAACCUAUUCUCCUCCCUUCAUGGUCCAUGUGCAUUGCUACAAUGGGAAUUAUAGAUUCCAAGGCCAGAAGAGACCAUUGUGAUCAUCUAGUCUGACAUCCCAUAUAACAUAGGCCAUAGAAUUUCACCCAGUAGUUCCUGCCCCGAAGACAGUCCUACAAAGAAUCAAACCCAAGAAUAUUAACAAUAAAAAUAAAUUCCUUAAUGUUUUGCUUUUGACUGUAACUAUCACAGCUCAUAAAACAUCAUAGUCUGUAAUCUCUGCAGCUCAAUACAGUGUGAGACCUCUAAUGCCUUGUAAACUGGAACAUGUAAUGGGAUUAGGACUAAAAUGUACCAAGGCAGCUAAUUUUUCAUUCACUAUUAAUAUUUAUAGGCUCUUCUAAAUAUAUUUCACAAGUUUCAAUAACAACCUAGUAACCUGAUGUGGCAUUUUAGCAAUUUAUAAUCACCUUCUGUAACAGGGAUCUGAAUUAAUCUUUAUACAUCUCAUUAGUAUAGCUAUCACAGAUCUUUUACAAGGCAAUUGGCUUUCAGCAGCCUUCAUUUAAUUUAAUUU